AUGACUUCUCGAAACGACUUUGAAACUGCCCCUUCAAUAGUUCAGUUGUUCCAGUCCGCCAAGAAGCUCCUUGCCCUCCAACCACGAGUAGAAAACCGCAAUCUACGCAAGGAAAACUCUAGAAUGCAAAAAAACUUAAUGUCCUCCGAAUUAUAUGGCAAUAACAAUCGGGUUCUCGAAUUACUCUCUCCUUUGAGUAUUGACGAGAUCAAGAGUAGCCCGCCUUAUGCUCCCAAACAGCCUAAAAACUACCAACAGAACAACGGUAUUACUGAAAUUACCCCUGCAAGCGUGAAUGAUUCUCCUCCAACAAGUGCAACCAGUAAAAGUGAUGGAUGGACGAACAAUUCGUGGCAUACGAGUCUCCCAAACCAAAGUAUCCAGAAGGACCAUAUGACUACAAUAAAGAAGGAACCCAUAACUACCGUGACUCCCCUUCAAAUACAAUCCAACCAUACUCAGGAAUUCCAGUCCUAUAUCCCACCACAGCAUACAAAAUCCAACCUCACAUCUUCGUUAUCCAAGGAAAAAAACAAAAAACCAAAAGACUCGGGCCCCAAAGUUCAAUGCUUCAACUGUAAUACUUCCAACACCCCCUUGUGGCGUAAAGAUCCCGAUGGCAACACAUUGUGUAAUGCUUGUGGUCUCUUCUUGAAGUUACAUGGCAGCACUCGUCCGUUAAGCCUAAAAACUGAUGUCAUCAAGAAACGUAGUUCACGAAAAACCAGCGUUCUGAAAAUGCCUACUUCCAAUCAUUCCUCGAGACCCGGAUCUUUUCAAGACAAGACAUCAUUUAGACCAACCUAUGAGGAAGAUAAAAACCAAAUAUCUACAUCGCUCAACAACAGCCAAAAUGCAAGGUACAAGAACGUAUUGAUCUUGCCCAAACCUCCUGGUGGUUCUGCUCCUUCUUCAGUUCCCUCGUCUUUGAAGACUCCAUCCGGAACACCAUUAAGAUCCAUUCCAAUCCCCAGUUCACAUAAUUCAACUUCUCUGGCCGCAGCCAGUCCAGCUUCCUUCAUAGGAGGAUCUGGAUUCACUGUCCCAAAUACCCCUAAUAGCAAUCAGCAGUUCAAGCGGAAAAAGUCCGAGAUAGGAUUCGAAUAUAAUGAUGCUGUUCGCCGAGGUCCCACACCGGGUUCAUAUGGUAACAAUCUCGUCAAGCGCACACCAUCCAUUAGUUCAUCGAUGCAAGCUCGAUCGUUCCAAAGAAAGGGAUCCAAUAUCGGUUUGAGUACAAUGGGCAACGGUAGUGGUUCACUCACCUAUAAUAACAUCAAUCUCUUGAACCAACGCAGUGCGAAGGACUUGACUGGAAGUUACUUUGAUGCUCUGAGGAAUCCUCCAGUCGACACACCUGGCUCAAUAACCUCACAUUCUUCGUUUUCAAGCUUACAGGCUGGUGGUCCUAUAACCAAUCUGCACCGUCAAUCUUUCAUUGUUCCCUCAGAUAUGGACAAUAUCGGAAACGCCGAGAUGGAUGCUCUCCGAAGCAUACCAAUGGAGGAUCCAGACGACCAGACCGAAGAUUACUUUAAGAAUUUUACGCUGUUACAACUGCAUGAUGAUGAACUAUUGGAUUUGGAUACCAGCAUGGUCAGUAUGGGGAACAAGUACGAGGUGAAUUUACCCACUACAAAGUCUACAUUGACCAGCGGCCUUCGGGUUAACAAUGGCCACCCUAAUGAUCCAAGCGGACAAGAACUCAAGGACCUCGAUUGGCUCAAGUUCGAAAUUUAA